UCUAUGAAGAUGCCCACUGCGGCCGCGGCGUUUCUCAUCGCCAACUCGGUGGCGGCGUUCCUCACGGCGGCGGUGGUUGGGCUGCGCGUCGUCUCCCGCGUGCUGGCAGGAUCCAAGCUCGGGUGGGAUGACUACUUUACGCUGCUGGCGCUGCCGCAGGCGAUCAGCUUGCUGGUGAUACAGGGAAAAUGUAAGGGUUUUCUUGGGUCUUUUUUGUGCUCGGAGACCAAUGCUGGGUUGUGCGGGUAUCAAAGGCUAACUUCGACCGCAGGGUCGACAGCAGGGCUGGGCUACCAUUUGUCAGAGGUGUCAGACAACUGGCUCUACAUGGAUUCCCUCUUCCUCCCCUUCGAGACCCUCUUCGCGACGGCCAGCCUGACGACGAAGCUGAGCGUGCUCUUCUUCUACCUCCGCGUCUUCACGAGCCGGCCGAUGCGCGUGGCGACGAAGUUGACGCUCGUGGUAGUCUUGCUCUGGGGCAUCGCCAACAUCCUGGAGACGCUGCUCAUCUGCCACAUCAGCGACGGCGCGUGGCACGCGACGAGACCGGACAUCUGCCGCGACCACGAGGCCGCGAUUCUCUCGACGGGACUUUUCAACUGCGUCGUCAACAGCUUCGUCAUGCUGGUGCCGCUGUACACGAUCUGGAGCCUGCGCAAGGUGAGCGUCUCGACGCGGUUUGGCCUCAGCGGCGUCUUUCUGUUGAAUCUGAUCGCCAUCAUCGUGUCGAUCGUGCGGCUCUCUAUCAUGGUGAACGUCCGCAGCCUCGACGAGGUCGUGGAGAACCUCGCCAUGACGACCUUCCUGACCGUCCUCGAGACGCACCUGACGAUCCUCUGCAACAGCCUGCCGAUGCUGCUCCCGCUCUGGGCCUUCUGGAAGCACCGCCGCUUCGAGACGGACGAGUACGUGUCGCGGCUCGGCGGCGACAGCGACCAAUCGAGCCGGCGGCACAAGCGGCUGGUGGAGGACCUGACGAACGGGAUCCCGCUCGAGACCAUGUACGGCGAGAAGAUCGCGUCCUUCACGACGACGGUCGGGCGCGGCGAGUCGCGGAGGCGGAGGAAGCGGCCGGGGACGGACGACGACGGCGGGGACGACGGGUCGGAUACAGGCUCGACGGCGGGGUUGCCGGGGAACGCGGAGGGCAUCAGGAUCGAGACGAAGUGGACGAUUUCGGAAGAGACGACGAAGUAAA